UUCACAUGACGUACGAUCUUGCCAGUGCCAUGGUGCGAAUCAUGAACCUGAUUGGCAUGAUGCUGCUGCUGUGCCACUGGGACGGCUGUCUGCAGUUCCUGGUGCCGAUGCUGCAGGACUUCCCUCCGGAUUGCUGGGUCACCCGGAACAAAAUGGUGAACGACACCUGGGGUCAGCAGUACUCCUAUGCCCUGUUCAAAGCCAUGAGUCACAUGCUGUGCAUCGGGUACGGCCUGUACCCGCCCAUCGGCAUGGCCGACGUCUGGCUCACCAUCCUCAGCAUGAUCGUGGGCGCCACCUGCUUCGCCAUGUUUGUGGGUCACGCCACAGCUCUGAUCCAGUCUCUGGACUCCUCCAGGAGGCAGUACCAAGAAAAGUACAAGCAAGUGGAGCAGUACAUGUCCUUCCACAAGCUCCCUGCUGACAUGAGGCAGAGAAUCCACGACUAUUAUGAGCACCGAUAUCAGGGCAAGAUGUUCGACGAGGAGAGCAUCCUGGAGGAGCUGAACGAGCCGCUGCGAGAG